AUGUCAAGACAGCUUGAGGAAGAAACCGCAGUUGUACUUUGCUUAAUGAACAAUAGAGGAACAGAUGAAGUUGCUAUCAUCAAAAUCCUUGCAAAUCGUACAACAGCACAGAGACAAAAGAUAAAAGAGAAGUACAGAGCUUUGUAUGGAAAAGAUAUGGAAAAAGUGCUAAAAGGAGAUCUGAGCGGGUGCUUAGAAAAGACAAUUUUGGCCAUGCUAGACCGUCCCUGUGAAUUUGAUGCCAAGUUGCUGAAGGAGGCAAUGAAAGGAGCUGGAACUAAUGAAGAAUUGCUCAUUGAGAUUCUUUGCACACGGGCCAACUCACAAAUUACAGCCAUCAAAGAAGCAUACAAGCAAAUGUUUUCAAAUGAUCUAACAAUUGAUGUUCAAGGUGACACCAGUGGCACGCUGAGGAAAUUGCUGCUCUCAUUGCUUGAGGCUAACAGAGAUGAAGGAAUUGAAGUCAACGUAAACCUGGCUGAAAAAGAUGCAAAAGAGCUAUAUGAGGCUGGCGAAAACCGCUGGGGCACAGAUGAACUGGCAUUUAAUACUGUUUUAACGAAAAGGAACUGUUUGCAGUUAAGAGCUACUUUUAAAGCCUAUGAAACACUCUAUGGUACAGCCAUUGAGGAAGUGAUCAAAACAGAAACAUCAGGCGAUUUGAAGAAGGCCUAUCUAACAAUUGCUCAAUGCACAAAGGACUGUCAGGCAUAUUUUGCCGAGGUGUUACAUGAGGCGAUGAAAGGUGCAGGAACCAAUGAAGACACACUGAUUCGCAUCGUGGUAUCUCGCUCAGAGGUUGAUCUUCCAUCCAUUAAGGAGAGGUAUCAGGAGAUGUACAAGAUAUCUCUGGCAGAAGCAGUCAAAUCUGAGACGUCUGGCGAUUUCCAGAAAGUUCUGCUGGCCUUGAUAAAAUAAAAGGCAGUCAAUCC